UUUCUUCCACGCACGGACGCCCGCGAACGAACGCUCAAAGUCGCUCGUUCCUCUUCCUCUCAGAUUUCGUCCCGACACCACCAACAACAUCAUCACCACCACCCCAACGCGUCUCUGCCGUAUCGCCUCAGCAUCUGCCGCCGUAUCCCACUCGCAUUCUCACCCGCCCGGCACCGUUUGCAACGCGACCCGCCCUUCACACGCGUUCCGAUAGCCCGACCAUCGCGUCGCAAAGCCUGCUAGUGCCAGGACCCACGCACUGUUGCGAGAAAACUUUUGUCGAGAUGGCAGACGAGGGGCCUGCCACGUCGCCCGUGAGUGCGCAAGCAGUAAGUCGUGUCGCCGCUGGCCCAAGAAACGUCUCACCGUUGCUGAGACCUCCCCAGCCUGCCACUAUUACUGCCGACUCGUCUGAGCCCGCGCCCACGACGACGCAGACCAAUGGCGAUACAGCAGCAUCAGAGGCGAAGAAGGAGGAAUCGGGGGCACCUGUCGAAGAUGUCAAAUCACACGAGCCCACCGCCGACGGCGAGAAGGCGGCAGAGGCCAGCUCGGCGUCAGCAGAGCCUGCGAGCGACGGAACGCCAAAGGACAAGAAGAAGAAGCCAGUCGGAGGCGUGCCUGAGCACAAGAACAAGAAGCUCGGCAAGAAGAAGUCCAUGCCCACGCUUCGACUCGAAUGCAAGCCAGGCGAGUACUACUGGGCGCGUCUCAAGGGUUAUCCUCCAUGGCCAGCGAUUGUCUGUGACGAGGAGAUGCUUCCCGAGUCGCUUCUGGCCACUCGCCCUGUGAGCACAGCACGUCCCGACGGCUCUCUGCGCGACGAUUUCAAGGAGGGCGGAAAGAACGCCAAGGAGCGCACCUUCCCAAUCAUGUUUUUGCACACGAAUGAGUUCCAAUGGAUGGUCAACACCUCGCUGACGCCGCUGGAUCCUGACGAGUGCAACACCCUUCCCAAAGCGAAGAUGACCAAGGCUCUGGCAGAAGCUUACAAGGUCGCAGCUGAGGGGCACGACAUUGACUAUUUCAAGGACCUACUGAGACAGCACCAGCAAGACAUGGAGAGAAUCUUACAGCAACAAGCCGAAGACGAGGAGCGCCGUGCGGCAGAGGCUGCAGCGAGAGCUGAAGCGGCAGAGAACGACGAGGCAGCGCCCAAAGAGAAGAAGAAGAAGGGACCACGCAAGAGCAAGGCUGCGGAUGAGGACAUCGAGAUGGAAGAUGCUGAUGCGCCCAAGUCUACCAAGAAGAGAAAGAAGGCCGACGAUAGCGAUGCCGAUGCCAAGCCCAAGAAGACUCCAAAGGUGACGAAGCUUAAUGGACCUAAGACACCGAAUGGCGACGCGUCUACAGCGAAGAAGAGCAAGCCGAAAAAGAAAGUUGUCAGCGCACCGAAGAGUGACGAAGAGGAAAAGCCGCAGAUGACAGACGAGGAGCGACUUGCGCAACGCGAGAAGGCCGUGCUGUACUUGCGCCAUCGCUUGCAAAAGGGGUUCCUGUCGCGUGACCAGGCACCAAAGGAGGACGAGAUGGCUAGCAUGGCCGAAUUCUUCACCCAGCUCGAGGGCUACGAGAAUCUGGAGCCGUCGAUCAUUCGCGUCACCAAGAUUCACAAGGUGCUCAAGGCCAUUGUCAAGCUUGCUUCGGUGCCCAAGGACGAUGAGUUCAGCUUCAAGACGCGUAGCUCAGCUAUGCUGGAGAUCUGGAACAAGCGUCUCGAGGCUGAUGGAGAUGCUCCAACUGGAUCAGGCGACAAGGAGAAAUCCGCCGCACCAGCAGAGACUUCCGCGACUAAUAGCGAGGCCGCAGCUCCUCCGCCCACCGAGGCGGCCGAGACACCUGCUGACGAGCCUAAGGCCGCUGAAGACGCAACUAAGGAGAUCGCCGCUGCUGGCACGACCAAGGCUGAGGCCGAGGAAGGAGCUGCGAAGCCCGCCGAAGGUCAAGAAAUUGAGAUGCAAGAUGCUGAAGCGUCAGAGAAGGCUCCAACGACGGAGACAGAAAAGGCAGCGGACUCAAAUGCUGGACAGAUUGAGGAGAAGGUCGAGGCUGUCAAGCUCGACGAGACAGCAGCAGCCUCAUCUUGAGGUGCUUGGACUACACAUUGUGCGAUAAGUGAAUGGAGUGCGGCGGCGUCAGGCAGGCGUGGAGCUUUGGGAGUAUAGAGCUCUGGAUGAGUUGCUCAGCUGUUGGCCCAAUGGCGCAAGUGAAGAGCG